AUGUUCGACUGCACUCCAGAUGUAUCCCAUACAGAACAAAUGAGCCAGGUAAUUCGAUAUGUAAAAAGAACUGGCGAUGUGUGUGAAAUAAAAGAAAGUUUCAUUGAUUUCAUAGAAAUUGCUGGAAAGACAGGAGAGGACAUUUGUCAACAGAUUUUAGAAAAAUUGGGAGUUGAUGAUUUAGAUAUUGGACAAUGUCGUGGCCAAUCUUAUGAUAAUGGGUCCAAUAUGGCCGGCAUCCAUAAAGGAGUAGAAGCCAGGAUUGCAGAAAGGAAUGAGCUGGCCGAGUUCGUACCGUGCUUGGCUCACUCCUUAAAUCUUGUAGGUGUUCAUUCUGCCUCAUCAUGCCAAGAAGCUAUUAACCUAUUUGGACUGAUUCAAAAAGUAUAUUGCUUUUUUGUUGGAUCCACUACUAGGUGGGACAUUAUGAAAAAAUACGUUAAAACAAAUUUAAAAGGAAGUAGUCAGACGAGAUGGUCGGCGAAACAUGUUGCUGUGAAUGCCCUAUUAAAUAAUUUGCCAGAAAUAGCGGAAGCCUUAGAAGAAGUUAAGCAAACUUCUCAUUUUUCAGAAGCUAAGUACGAGGCAGGUUAUCUCUUAACUGCUAUAAAGAAUUUUAAAUUUAUUCUUAAUUUAACUAUUUGGGCGAAUAUUCUCCGCGAAAUCAAUCGAGUGAAUAUAGAAAUUCAGAAAGAAGAUAUUAUCCUUGCCCGUUCCGUCGCACUAAUGGAUGGUCUGCUCAAAACUUUGCAAAAAAUGAGACAUAUCCAAUGGAAUAUUGGAUAA